UUGCCUUCGUGCUUCCAUUUGUUUUCCCUAAAAUCCCGGAACAGCAAAAAAGAUAGGACUUGCAAUUACACCCACAAAGUAUUGUCGGGGUUGGAUCAUUCGAAGAUCUACGCAAAUUUAGGGUCGAUCCCUCGUUGGGCACUUGAUCCAGACAGUAUAAUCUGUAGCGUCCACGGGAUAUUGCACAAACAGAGAGUGUGAGAGGAGGUAGAAGAAAGAGAGAGAUUUAUCAUGAAUAUAUUCAGAUUAGCUGGGGACAUGACCCAUUUGGCCAGUGUGCUGGUUCUGCUACUCAAGAUCCAUACGAUCAAGUCUUGCGCUGGCGUCUCUUUGAAGACUCAAGAACUCUAUGCUCUUGUCUUUGCCACCCGCUACUUGGAUAUAUUCACAAAUUUUAUUUCUUUUUAUAAUACUUUGAUGAAAUUGAUAUUCUUGGGCAGCUCUUUCUCCAUUGUUUGGUACAUACGUCGCCACAAGAUUGUUCGUAGAUCCUAUGAUAGAGAUCAGGAUACCUUUCGGCAUUUUUUCCUUAUCCUGCCUUGCCUGUUUUUGGCCAUACUUAUAAAUGAGAGGUUUACUUUCAAAGAGGUAAUGUGGGCAUUUUCCUUGUAUCUGGAAGCUGUUGCCAUACUUCCUCAGCUUGUAUUGUUGCAAAGGACAAGAAACAUUGACAACUUGACUGGACAAUAUGUUUUUCUCCUUGGUGCCUAUCGAGCAUUGUACAUAUUGAACUGGAUAUAUCGAUACUUUACUGAGGAGCAUUAUGUCCAUUGGAUAACUUGGAUAGCAGGGCUUGUGCAGACAUUACUAUAUGCUGAUUUCUUCUAUUAUUACUUCCAGAGCUGGAAAAACAACGUGAAGCUUCAGUUACCGGCUUGAGUCUUUUCAGGCCUAGGAUCGCAAUUCAUAUACAUGGCUAUGUAUCUCCAUUAGAUAUGAUCUGCGUUUUUGUUUUAAGAUUAUUCCUCUCUUUUUUCCCCGGGACAGGAGGGGGACGAGCUUAGUUGGAAUGUUGAACCAUGUGGUCUGCAGCCCUGAUACCACCAGAUCAAUUGUCCCAGAGAUUAGCACUAUGAAUGAAAUUGUCAGUGUACUGAAUACCGCAGGAUUUUUCGUCUUUCUCAGGCCAUGCCAGAAGUUUUGGUGCUUAUUAGUGUGGUGAUGUAGAGAACUAUUAGUGAUUCAUAAAAAAGUUGAAUGGGUGCUGCUUUGGUUGCUGUCGGAUAUGAUUAAUAUUUUGGAACCACUCUUAGACACCCAUUUGGUUCAUUUGGUUGGAAUUUUGUUGGGAUGAACAUUAUUUGCAACUCAUUUUUUACUAAGUACAGUCAACUCUAAUGUGUUUUUAAAGGGUUUAAUGAGGUGUAUAUAGUAAAAAACGGGGUACAAAUAAUGUUCAUCUUUUAUUGGACAUAGCUGUUACCUUAUUGUGCAA